AUGUAUCUUUUUGUUACUGAAAUUUAUUUAAGCUUCGCUUAUAAAAAAUGUCUAUCCAAGCAAACUCAACCGUUGUUACAGUACCGACUGGAAAAGACAAAAAAAAAGACAAUUUGUGGAGCUUACACAAGUGAAUUAGAAUAUGAUCACUGUGGUAUACAAGAUGUACAAGGGCAUUAUUUUUGUACACAAUGUUCAACUAAUAUUGUUCGUUUAUUUUUUUCUGAACUACAAAAUUAUAUACCUUUACGUUGUUUAAUAUGUCAUAUUGAAUUAAAUCCUAGUGUAUUUGAACGACAAUUAACACCAGAACAAAUUGAAUUUUAUGAUCAACAUAUGCUUAUAUUUGUUUGGUCAAAAGAUUUUCUUCACAAAGACGAACGUUUAGAUCAUUGUCCAUUUUGUAGUUUUGCUGCUAUACGCAAUAUAAAUGCUUCACAUAUUUUUCAUUGUCAACAUGAACAAUGUCUUAAAGUUUCAUGUUUAAUAUGUCGAAAAGUUUGUCCAAAAUUUCAAAGUGAUUAUGGUACUGAUGAAGAACUAACUGAAAUGGAUAAACAUUUUAAAUGUGCUGAAUUAGCUAAUGAUAAACACAUAGUUGAUCAAUAUUUAGAAUCAGGUCAAAAAGUUGCUUGUCCAAAAUGUGGUUUAGCUGGUAUGAAAGAUGAUGCUUGUACACAUAUGGCUUGUCCGACAUGUGUACAAUUAUGGUAUUAUUUUUUUGUGGAAAAAAAGUUGAAGAUUGUAAAAAAGCACGAGAGGGAACUAAUGGUAUAUUUGAUCAUAAUCAUAAUUGAAAUUGUAAUCCUAAUGUCUCAUCGUAAUCGCUCAUUACGUUUGUUACGUGAAAUAUGUGAAAAACUUGGUAAAGAACGUAUUGAUGAACUUGAUCGCCAUUUUAAUAUAAUUAGUACAUCUGGUUUUACAAUGAAAGAAAUUCUUGAUGAAGAUCUUACGCUAAUUAAAUAUCCAGAUAAUGUUGGUACUAGACAUAAUGAUUAA